AGAAAUCUAGUUUGCCAUUAUAAUGAAACAAUAGGUCUUCCAUGGUUCAAAGAACAGUCUUGAAGGUUGAUAUUUCAUGCUUAAAGUGCAAGAAGCAGCUCCUCAAAGCAGUCUCUAAACUACAAGGGGUGGAUAAAAUUGAAAUUGAUGCAGCUAAGGGGACAUUAACGGUGACCGGAGAUGCAGACCCAUACGAGAUCAUUGUCGGAACAAGAAAAGCAGGCAAGAACGUUGAAGUGGUGAGUAUUGGGCCUCCUCCUGCUCCCCAAAAACAAGAGGCCCAAAAGAAGCCGGACCAGAAAAAGGAAGCGGAGAAGAAGAAGCCCGAAGAGACAAAGCCCGAAUAUAAGGCUGCCCAUUUCGACCACAAUCCCUACACCUGCCCCGUAUGCCAACUAAUGGCCCAUUCCCCGUAUCCCCAUCAGGUGGGCCGGUACGAGGAGCCCAACUCGUCGUGCUCAAUAAUGUAA